AUCCAGCCUAACAUCCAGCUUUAUCAAAAUAACAUCUGAUUCAUUUUGACAGGGUGUCAAGUGGUGGCCUCAUACCAUCGAAGUCCGUAAAUUACAAUUACUCAAUAAAUACCAAAAUGUUGAGAACCGCCGCUAUGUAUUGCAGUGUAAAAAAAUAUACCUAUAUUUGCAUGAGUGAUUUGGGAAAGUGAAGAAACAGUGCAAAGUCACAGACUAGGUUUGACGGUCAUUUCAAGUAACGAACGGACGGCAGUCUAGUCUAGAGAACAUUUCAAGUGUAGUGAUGUUUUCAUUUCAGCUGGAGGACUUGAAACGUGACGCAUGCCGCACGCAGCUGGCAGUUAAAAGAUGCUAAAAACAUCACGUGAUUUUGUCGCACUUCAUACAAAUUAAAGCAAGAAUACACUUACUUAUGUGUAAUGGUAACAGAAGCUAACGAUUUUCUUCACAUACCUUUUUAAAGAAGAUCAUUGUUCCGCAUAUCGGCCAACAUAGAUCAGGUAUGUAUAUUUAUUAUUUUGACUCCUUCAAUAAUAUGUGGAACGCCAUCUACAAUACAUAAACGUUAUUCAUUAUCGAUGCCAAGAAUGGAAGUCAUCAACCGAAAAUGCCCAAAUAAUUGUAUGGAACUAGAAAAGUCAGUGUCGUGUGUACUCAUGUGUGAAGAUAUAGAACUGUGUCCACUGCUCAUAUAUUAAAUUAACAUUGUUCACGUUUCUGUUCAACUUACAGAGCAAACAUUUAUUAACGCACAACAAUGAAAAACUAAUUAUAAAUAAAUUCUCGACCCAUUCCUUCAACAAAAUCAAUUAUGAAAUUUCUAAAUAGAGCAUUAAACAAAAUCAUGAACCAUUAAAAUAAAUAUUAAUAUUACGAUUAUUUAAAAAAAAAAAAGAAAUAACCUUUGUAUUUGAACACUUUGCAAUAAGUUUAGGGUAUAAACCAAGGCUUAGCUUAAAUAUAGACCUUGAAAAUGUCAAGCAAUCGGUAUAUAAGGCAAUGUUUCAUGGGUCGCAUCGUUUUGGUGGUUUGUUAUGGGUGAUGAAGACGAGCUUUCCCAAAUCAGUUAGAAGAGAGUGUGGCAGAUGUGCUUCUCGCCUAGACAAGUCUGUAACAGGUUGUCCAGUAAGACGGUGUAAUUUAAAUAUAAAUAAACCAAAAUGCGUUUGUUUGGAGAGUAUCAUUUUAAAUCAUGACAAAUGCUUAGUAAAUAAAUCAUAAAUGUUAUCUUACAACACGGAGAAUUUAGAGACUUUAAAGUUAUUGACUUGUCAUAACGAAAGGAUUUAAAUUAUCUCUGCCUUGGAACAUCAAAAUAGCUUUGCAAUGAUUGAAACUAGAAGCUUUUAAAUACAGACAAAACACAGAGAUUGGCGGGGGGGGGGGGGGGGGGGGGGGGGAGCAAUUCUUUUUAAAUACCUGGAAGAAAAAAAAAUGAUAUUUUCAUUUAGCCUCUGAAGCAACAUUCGCUUUUUUUAUUUGAGAACGCAAAUGCACACACUUCUUUUAAAAUGACAGGGUAAAACAUUAUGAGUAUAUUGGGAAAUGUACACGCUCAUUACUACGGGUUCAGAAAUGAACAUGUCAAAAUCUAUUUCACAGUUAAAUUAGAAAAGGAUAAAAAUGAAACCAAAAUUAAAAUAAAUAUAUAUCCCUAAAGCACCGACCUAGAUACAUAAAUAUAAUAUAACGUUUGGCGAGAUAACAGAGCCUAUAAUAUAUCUAAGUUCUUGAGCUUAUCAAACCAUGGCACCUUGCGUGACGCAAACGAGAACUUAGCUUUAGAUUUAUCAUCUAAAAUCCGAAAGCGGCUUAGGCCUAAACUUAAUUUGUUUGAAACGAUCUGUUCACUACAGAGCGGAAUACGAUACAUUCUACAUUUUCUAGAAAACUGGAAAACAAUUUACACCUCCGUGGACGCCACUUCCACUUAGCUAAUCGUAAACCUGGACAGUUACGUAAUGGUAAGCCUUUUACAAUUAUAUUUUCGAUAUUAAAUUGAUUGUAAAUCGAUAGUUUUGAGUUGAUUCAAAGCCUCAUCUAAAAUCCUAAACUGCUAACCGAGUCAAAUUGUUUUCGUACGUAACAUCCUCAAAUUCAUUUUAAUGUAAAAAUAUAUUACCUUUACUUGAACCUUCUUCUACUAUGGAACGGUAAGAUAAAACAAUAAGACAUUGACCUUGAAACGACCAAAAUUAUUUUUCAAAUUUAUUUGAGUUGAAAUUCCUAUUUGCAUUUUAACAUUUUUAAAUUGGUAUUGAAAUUGUAUCAAACGUAAUAAUACAAUUAAAUUUAAAAAAUCCGAGACCUUAGGCCGGUCUGUUUAUAGUGUAAAAGAAUUUCAAUUCUACAUAUUAAUAGAGGUGACAUUGCAUAAGAUUAUAACCCGUAGAGAUUCGCCCUACAUAAAGCACUUAACGGUGUCAGCAAUCAAAUAAUGUCACUGACAAAGUUACUUAAAUACCUGUCUAUAAAUAAAGCUUACGAUCCUAAAAAUAGCACAGCGGAGCCUUAGAGAAUGCAAUGGAAGGAUAUCAAAUGCUGGGGUUGGGGGGGGGGGGGGGCAAGUACAGGUUAUUAGAAUCGUAUUUUUAAUGGCUUUAACCGAUCCCACCCCUCCCCCGUUUCGUUCCAUCUAAAGCUUUGCCCUUACUACUGACAGGCUCAACAAAUGUACUAAUUAGACGAACAAUUUUGUGUCAAUAAAACAAGAUCUGUUCAGCUUUAAUGAUUCUACAAAAUAUUAAUGUAAAUGUUUCGGCAAAUGCCUUCGUCAGUACAAGAAAACAAAACAUUUAAAAAAGUAUAAAUUAAACUUAUUACAUAAUAUAUAUUUACAUGUAUCCUAUCUAAACAAAAUUGAAAAGACUAAGGUUGGGCGCAAACCCAGACGCAAACAAAGUUAGGAGAACGGAGAGGAAGUGAGUGGAAGUAAAACUUACAAACUAAACAGGAAAAAGACAUGGCACCUAUCUAAAAUUGUAGAUUUUACCAAUUACCCACCAUUUAAGAAAUAGCUAGCAUACUUAGCGGCAGCAAUAUUUUUACUGUGCAAACUCGGCUUUUUUUUGCGCAUUGAACUUGAUAAACAUUGUAAAGAUCUUACAAUUUUUCAUUGCACCUUUUGGAAGUUACAAGUUUAUGAGACUACUGUUCGGACUAAAUUCUUCUGCAGAAGUAUUUGCUGAAAGGUUCCGCCAGGCUUUUGAAAACCUUCCAGGUGUUGAAACUUACAUUGACGAAUUUAAUCACAUCAACUCCAUCCCCUUAUAGCUUUCUUUGAUUUCUAACAGCCAGUCAAAAUGUCAGUGGAUGCUUCGCAAGAAGGACUUGGGGCAAUAUUAAUUCAAAGUAAGAGACCAGUGGCUUAUGCAUCUAGGUCUUUAACAGGGUUUGAAAAAAAGAUAUUCUCAAAGAGAAAAAGUAAUGCUUGCCGUAGUAUUCGUUGUUGAACAUUUUCAUUUCUAUGUCUAUGUGCGCGAUUCACAAUAGAGACAGAUCACAAGCCACUGGAAGUUAUCAUCAAAAAGCCCUUUUCAUCUGCACCGCCCAGGCUUCAUGGGAUUCUUCCACGACUCAUGAAAUAUGAAAUAGUUCUUAAAUACAAGCCUGGUCAAGAAUUAAUGUUUAUCCCAUACACCCUCUCACGAGCAUCCCUACCAUGUCAUUAUCCAUCAAGUGACAACUGGGACGCCCAGGUUCAUCUAAUAGUCAGCAGUCUACCUAUUUUAGUGUCAUCCGUCCUAUUCCAGUCACAAGUGGUGACAAGACAUGGCAGGCAAGUGAAAUCACCAAUACACGUCCCUGAUGGAGACAUUUAAAAAAUGCAUUGUCAUACAAUGCCAAUUAAGUUUUGACCUAUUUGUGCACACAAAGUUUGGAUAAUAUUUAACUACUAGCAAAAUACCCGCGCUUAGCAGCGGUAAGCCUUUUUUAAAGACAAAAAAAAGUUACAAAAUUAUCAAGUCUCCGCAUAUUUCAUAUACUAUACAAUGCAUUAACUUGUAAGAAUCAAACCUGCCUCAAAUCAAUGCCAACUUUUUGUAGGGUCUGUCCUUGGGACACCGAUCCUGGUAAGACCCCAAUUCUAAUGAGUCCCUAAUCCCAUUCUGAACCCGACCCCGGCGCAAUCCCGGUUUUAUCCCGUUCCCGGUGGAAUCCUAAUUCUUUGUGGCUCCGGAUCCAGGGGAAAUCCAGAUCCCAUUGGGAUCCCGAUCCCGUCGGUGUCUUGAUCCCAGGGAGAUCCUGAUCUCAGUGGAUUUCGAUGCAAUUUCGAUACCGUUAGGAUACCGUUCACUGUGGGAUCCCGUUCCACCUAUGGACUCUCUUUUCCAAUGUUAUCUCUUUUCCUGAUAGGAUCCUGAGCCCGGUUUGAGCCCGUUACCCGAUGGGAUAUCGAUGGUAUCCUGUUCCCCAUGGAAACGUGUAACCGAUGUGACCCAUUAGGAUCCUGUUUCUCUAUGGGAUCAUGCUCAGUGCGAUUUUGUUUGAAUAAGCUUUUAGAUCUAAUUACAUAUCCACGGAGAACAAUAUAGAACAUUCUAGAUUAAAUUUAAUAUCCUCCAUGAAACGUGUAAAAAUCACAUAUCUACGUAAUUAUUUUUCGAAUGCGAAAUAUUAAACAACUAAAUUGUGCUACUAACUAUAAUACAUUUAAAUUGAUACGGGGGCUCCUCUGGGGGCCCAUUUAAUAAAGUACCGUUUUGUUUAUGUCUGAGAUGGGUGGCUUAUAAAAAUCAUUGACAUAAAUUAAACAUUUAAACAUGUCCUAUUGAAAGUGGUUUACAAAUGCCAUAGACAUAGCUUAUUUAAACUAUCGAAGUUUCUAGAAAAUUCUAGAUCGGCCUUGAAUGGAUCGGAUAUUAAAUCAAACGAUAUUUUAAAACCAACGGAGAAGAGUAUUGCUACAAAGCAAGGUUUAGAUCCACCUAAUCACAUAGAACCUACGGUGUUGUCUAACCCUAUUGAUAUCUAUAUAGCUUAUAUAAGAAAAAAUGAAAUGGGGCCCCCGGUCCCAAACAUUUUAGGGUUUUAAAAUAACACCUGCCUAACUUUUGUAUGUGAGCUGUAAGGAAUAAGCCUGCCAAAUUUCAGGCUGCCAUCUACUCGAGAAGUUGGAGAAUUAGUGAUGAGUCAGUCAGGGCUUUGCCUUUUAUUAGAAUAGAUUACUAUUGAUAUAAUGGCGCGUUUAAAUAAAUUUCUCUUGAUUAAAUAUUAAUUGUAUUAUUAAGAUGGAGAUGUGAUAGUAUGACGUAUGACUGACGAAUAGUGUAUGUAUUGGGUGAACUUUGUGACCUGAUUGUCCCGGGGUGUUGUCAUGUUGUUCGACUGGACGUGGUGAGUUGUGUUCAUGAAUGUUUAAAGGUGUGCAUAUUGGCUGGAGAACUGUGAGUGAGUGAUCAUGUGAUGGAUACUAGGUUAGGGUGACCAAAUCAUGAACUGGAAAAAUCGGGACACACCCAAGGGGAGAUACCCUCUAGCUAACGAGGGGUCCGGGGGUCUCAUUUUAACUAUUUUGAGACCUAGAAAUCUUUUAAAAUUUAUCUUCACUUUUGUAAUUUAAUUUAAAUUCUGAGGCAUAUCAUAAACGAAAAUUAUAAUUUUGCAGUGAUUUCUUAUUUAUUUACACAUAUUUUACAAAAUAAUUACAAGAAAUUAAAUUUCUUUAGUCUAGGAUUUAAAUUGAGGAUAUGUGGCUGUUGUCCCAGCCAUUGUUAAAACCUCCUUCUUAUCUAAUAAAAAGUUGUCAAAACUAGAACAGUCCAUUCGUAUCUUUCGCUAUACAUAUAAGAUUUAUGGCAGGGGCACUGACGUUUACGCAGCAUCGGCAGAGUGGUGGAAGGGCAACAGUGUAGCCAUCACGCGAGCCCAUGUUACUACUGGCACUGGCUAUACAGAUAGCCAAAAUAUUAAUUGAAGUUAUAUUAUAAAUUAGGACGUUUUGGUGAUUUGAAAAUGUGUUUGCUUUUAGACACGGGACAUUCAGGCGUCCCGAGACACUUUUUCGGGACAUCGGAUACCAUCGUGAAAAAACGGGACAAUCCCGUUUUUACGGGACGUUAGUUCACCAUAUGCUAGGUAUAAAAAGGAUGUAGAAUGAGGAAUAAAGAUUAGUGAGGACAGGCAGAUCAUAGACGAGUUGGGAUCGUAUAUUACCAUUACAGAAACAUGCCAAUAAACGAUAACGGAGAAAGAGGAUUUAAUCACAUACGAUUUUUCAACCAAUGAGCCAUCGAUUUGCUACACAAAGACAAAAUGCUCACGUUGACUGCUGCUAUCAGGUCCCAGACCCUCCAACCCCAAGGGAAAAAAAUCCUUUUCUUCCGUUAUCUUUAAUUGCGAUGUCUUCCUCUUUUAUAGUAUUUACUAACUUAGAUGAAAUAGUUUUUGUCACAGAUCAAAUAUUUUGAUAUUAAUUUUGUCUCGGAAUAAUGUAUUGUUUUGUUAAGUAGAAGGGACAGGAGUCAGGGAGUGAUGGAAUAGAGAGUGAAGAACACGGAUGAAUGGCGGUUUGAAUAUAUUUCUUGAUUAGCACUUGCUUUGAUUACUGUUAUAUAAUGCAGCAUCUUAAUGUUGAUUCAACCAAUGUGAAGUGGAAGGAGUUAUGACAAUUAUAUUUGCUCUUAUUUAUGGGGGUGUUAUUUCAUGUGGUGUGCAUUAUUCAGUAAAUAAAUGCUGUGAUGCAAACUCUUAGUUUUGGCCAUCGUGCUUUGUUAGAUAAUCAUGGACGUCUGUGAAUGUGAAUAAAUAAUAUAUAUAAUAACUACAAGUAACAUCAUCUCUAUAUGAUCGUUACAAAUCGUGUCAGAAGUUUUAACUAAACUUAAAUUAACUUAAUGGUCGAUUAUUUAAAAUUGAUUUUAUUGGAGUUCUUACUUCAUUCUCCUACUAACGUAUUAUAUGCAAUCAUAAAAUUCAGUUGUCUUUGUCUGGUUAGAGUAAUUGCUAAACCUUUGCAACACUAGAACGUACAAUUUGAUAAAUAAUGAACUUAGUAACAGACAUAAAUCACAUUGGAGCACACAUUGGAUAUCACAAGUGUAUCUUAUUAAAAAUCAUUGUUUUUUUCAUUCUAGUUCCUGCAAACCACAUACUUGAGACAUGAUAGCCGAAGGAAUCUAAUGAUGAGCUGCCAUGCGGCAUACUCAUAGGUACUUAGAAACUUUUUUAUUAUUUAUGUCUCUAAAAAUGCAUAACGUCCUGAAAUCGAGCAUUUUUAUUAACAUCACGACAUAUUUUUUUCAAUUUAAAAAAAAACAAAACAACUAAUGUCCUUGUCGCACAUUUACAAAAGUAAGUUUUUAAAUAUAAAUUCUUUUAAAUAAUGGACAUUUCUUUUCCUUUUUAUAGUGGCUUAGCCUUGAAAUCGACCUGCUUCUCCACACAAAAGAGUUGUAUAAAGGAUAACAUCAAUAGUCACACUUAAAACAUACAUUUUAAUAAUUUCCUAGUCUAUAGGAUUAGACUCGUUUUGUGCCCCAUAAUAUCAGUGAUGAUUUCUGAGUAUUUUCUUAGUACACAAUAGUUUCAACUAUUUAAAAAAAAACAUAAAAGCUAAAAAUGGCACUUUAGCUUUUCUGCCAUGAGACCAACAGUCCAUGUUUAACUUUCCCUAACAAGACCUGGUGUGAUGGCCCUAGCGCGUGAAGAAAAGAGCGGGUACCCCAGUCAUGGUUCAACCAACGCUAGCUAUCUGUUCAGGUUAGCGUCUUUCAGAUCAUUUGUCACAUACGACCCCCACGUUUCCUUUAUCCAGCUAGCAAGCUCUGGGUUUUAUUACGCGGGGGACAAUCGCUUCAUUAAGUGUCAGGCAUGUGGGAAUGCUGUCGUAAUUUGGAGCGUCGCCUCUGAUCCAUCCGACGGAAGGUACCACAGAGACACUUGUUUGUAUGCCGUAUCUGGGAGCCAACGUUCCGAAGGCGACGAUGAUCUUCAGACAGAUGGAUGUACGGCACAGCCCCUGCCAGCUACGACCUACGACGAAGUUACUGACGCACAGCCACGCGGCCGUGGGGUUGGUUCUACGGCGAAUAGCAACCAUGACGUCUUCACUGCUGAUGUAAACAGGUCAGGCCAUCACACCAGGUUAAACGUGAACAGUUCAAACAGUUUAAUGCCCCAGGAACAAAGUAAUGCAAGUAUCGAUACACCUUACAUGCCCCGGGAAGACGCUACCAGUAUCGAUACACCUUACAUCCCAUGGGAAGAUGCUAAGAAUGAAGCUAUUUCGCGUAAGUAUGAUUGAAUACUUGAAAACUUGAUUGAAUACUUUUAUAGCCUUGUGUCCAAGCUAUUUUAACAUUUAGGGAAAAGAAAAGUCUUUAAAUGUCCCUUAAAUGAUUGUUUUAUCAUUUUCAAUUAUCCUCAAAGAUUGAGGAAAACUAUAGAUACCUAAUAAAAAUCACAUGUACGUGAUUCUCAACAAUAGUUCAUAUUAGUCAGUGGAAUUGGGCGAUUGUCUGGCCACGAUCUUUUUACGUGCUCAUUUGGAUAAAGCCAUCUGAAAUACAUGUUUGUCACUGUCAUAAUUGGCAAUAUAAAGCCAUCUGAAAUACAUGUUUGUCACUGUCAUAAUUGGCAAUAUAAAGCCACCUGAAAUACAUGUUUGUCACUGCCAAAAUUGGCAAUAUAAAGUCAUCUGAAAUACAUGUUUGUCAUUGUCAUAAUUGGCAAUAUAAAGCCACCUGAAAUACAUGUUUGUCACUGUCAUAAUAUGCAAUAUAAAGCCACCUGAAAUACAUGUUUGUCACUGUCAUAAUGGGCAAUAUAAAGCCAUCUGAAAUACUGGUUUUUCAUUCUCAUAAUUGGAAAUAUUUUUAAAUUCAUAUUUUAUUAUUAACAUAUCAAUGUUAUUUUAAGCACAAUAGGUAUUUAUAUUAAUAAAUAAUUUCGUAUGCGCUUUUUCCAGCAAUAGAACCACCCCAUACAACUAGAGUGAGGACCCACACUUCCAGCGAAUCAUCGGGAUACACCUCUGAUGAUACUUUUUGUGAGUAUAUGGGAUUGUAAUUUGGACGGUGCAAUAAUCGAAAAUUCAUUAUUUCAAAAAAUUUCUUUCAAUUAUUUAAAUCUUGUUUUCUUUCCAUGAAAACGAUGAAAAUGUAGAUACUGAUUUUAAACCGGAUAGAGUAUAACAUUAUAUGCUUGACAGUCAGUAAAGAUAAUUUUUGCUGAAAAAUGUAUAAUCUUAAUGUAAUUAUAAGUAUGCACUCAUUCUAAGUUUUAUAAGAAAAUACAUUUUGUAAUUUAUUUUUAAAAGUUAAACGUUGACUAGCAUUUAACCUGCACCACGUUUUAAACAUCAACUCAUCUAAUUCAAAUUACCUAUAUUCUAUUAUUCCACUGAUCAGACGAUUUAGACUUAUGCAAUCCUGAAUGCGCAACAUGGGAUUCAAAUUCAACAGCAUGCUCAAAAAAUCCGGGCCACUUUGCGUACUUCCCGAUUCACCCACUCACCCUGCAACAAAUCCCUUCCUCGGCAAGACAUCCCGAUGUCAUCACAUUCUUGAAGCUCUGUGCCGAUCUCACCGUCAGAAUAAACAUCUCCAACGUCAGCAAGCGACGCUCCCCCUCGGACCCACUGCACAGUAAAUCAUCACACAUGCGAUACGGCACAGGCUUCAUGCUGGAAGAACCCAUGGAGCUGACCACAGGUCAUACGGCAACACAAGCAGCAAAAUCUUCAGGAAGGUGGAGCGAAAUCAUCAGAAAGCGCUUGCCACUGCUUAACAAGAACAAGACAUCUGAAAUAUACAUCAGCACGAAUCGCCAUUUAGUCUUUGACGAGAUGGAGGCCAAGAGAACGGUGGUCGAGUUCAACUUUGAUCACGGCAGCAAAGUCGCGCUAAAAGUAAGCAGAAUGACGAGAAGCACGACCUUCCCGGGAGACAACUGCGUCACCCUGGUCUGUACAAGCUCGGACCUCGGCCUGAUACAACGUUUGGUGCGCACGAAGGACGAGAUCGCCAAACUUUCGGAGAAAUUUCCGCGAAAAGUCAAGGAGUGCAUGACGAAGAAACUGUUCAUCAUCCACCACCCGCAUGGGGGCGACAAAGUUUUGUCCUACGGAGAUUCCGUCCGGGUCAUGUACGCUAUGAAGGAGGCGGAGAGUAACUCUAACCGCAGACUUGUAAAAUUAAGCGGUCAGCCGAGUCUAGGUAAUUUAAUCCUAGAUAAUAACACAUUAUUAUUCAAUAUGCAUCUUUUAAAAAAUAUUCAGACAGUCAAUACCUUGCCUGAGUGUAAAAAGAUUUUUUGAGGCUCUAUGGCAAAAUACAUAUAUAAAUAUAAACUCACUGAUGCCAUAAUUAAACAGAAAUGAAGUUAUCUAAUGCUAAGUAUGAUUUCGGUUCUAUAAAUAGCUAAAUCAUAUCCAAUACCGGUGAAUAUUUAUUGCUUUUUAAGUUCAAAAAUGAAUUUUUUACCAGCCUCCAGGUAGAAAAUGUGGUACAUUCAAAUGUUCAUGCAUUAAUUUCGGUUUCCUUGUCUUAUUUUGAGUGUGCUUGUUUUAGAGUUAUGUGAGCCUGUUAUAGAUUCUUAGUAAACCUCUAACACAUGUUUGACAAUGUUUAAAUAUGCCCCAUUUUUUUUACAAUUUAUCAUGUUUAAAUAUUCUCCAUGUUUGAAUAUGCCCCAUGUUUGAAUGAAUUCUCCAUCUGACCACAGCACACUAUGAUUCCAAUGAUUCUCUGAGUAAAGCUCUCAUGUACGCUGCCGACACGUGUGAAGGGUCCUCGGGGGCGCCAGUCAUAUCCUUCAAGAGCAUCUUUGCCAGCGGAGGCACUCGUACGUUUCACCUGGACAUCUGGAUGCACAACGGAGCAGACAUAUCAAAUAACCUUGGAGUAUCAGCUCUGAAAGGUAUCACGCUACAAAAUGGACUCUUAUCCUUGGCAUUAUAAAAUCUCGUUUCAUAACCAAAAUAUAAAAAAGGGUUUAUAAUUAUUUCCUGUUAUAUUUCCUCAAAGUUUUUCUUAGAACUCCCAAUAAAUCCUUUUCUUUUAGUAAAAUAUGCAGAGACUCGAUUGUUCCACAUUUUUUACAGAUUCGAAACAAAGAAGUAAUAAAAAUGGCUUUUUUUUUCCUUUUUUUUUUUUAUGUGUUAAGCCCUCGUUAAAUUAACUCUCAAACUUUUAAUGUUAGUGUCUUUUUUCUUAAAAGUUUACAGUCAAGAAGAGCUUCAUUCAGACAACAGACUCAGGCAGCUCAAUGUUGCCAGUCAAGAACGAGACGAAAGCGAUGAUGACACAGAUAAUCAAGAGGUCUCAUCUCCUGUCUUUAAAGUAACCAGUCACCCAUCCUACCCGGCUUACGUCGUGCAUCAGAAGCGGCUAGAAAGCUUUGAUAACAGUGAGUUGCCUUCAUUCCUCAGACCUGGACAUCUGGCGACGGCGGGAUUUUUUUAUGCAGGUAACACCAUAGAACAUUCUGAUACACAAUUAUGGUACUUUGUAUGCAGGUAGCACCAUAGAACAUUCUGAUAAACAAUUAUGGUACUUUUUAUGCGUGUAUCACCAUAGAACAUUCUGAUAUACAAUUAUGGUACUUUUUAUGCAGGUAUCACCAUAGAACAUUCUAAUACACAAUUAUGGUACUUUUUAUGCAGGUAUCACCAUAGAACAUUCUAAUACACAAUUAUGAUACUUUUUAUGCAGGUAUCACCAUAGAACAUUCUAAUACACAAUUAUGGUACUUUUUAUGCAGGUAUCACCAUAGAACAUUCUGAUAUACAAUUAUGGUACUUUUUAUGCAGGUAUCACCAUAGAACAUUCUAAUACACAAUUAUGGUACUUUUUAUGCAGGUAUCACCAUAGAACAUUCUGAUACACAAUUAUGAUACUUUUUAUGCAGGUAUCACCAUAGAACAUUCUGAUACACAAUUAUGGUACUUUUUAUGCGUGUAUCACCAUAGAACAUUCUGAUACACAAUUAUGGUACUUUUUAUGCAGGUAUCACCAUAGAACAUAUUUUAAAGUACCAUAAUUGUGUAUCAGAAUGAAAUUCUAUAUUUGUUUACAAAACAAACAAUGAUGCAAUAUUAUAGUUAAGAAAUACUGUCAAAUCCAAUAAUGGACAUGUUUUUAAGUACCAAUACAUUACUAACACAAUCUCUGAUGAAGCAUACAAAUUGUAACAAUCGAACAAGUGAUAUGUUUGUAAAGACCUAAUAUAAUAAGACACCCGAUUCUACCUUCAAUUACAACUAUAGUAAUCCGAUGGUAGACCUUUUCGGUGUAGACAAUGAUGCGCAUUUAUUCCAAUCCUUUUUUCUAGGUUACUCUGAUUGCGUCCGUUGUUUUCAAUGUGGACUCGGACUAAGGUCGUGGAAACAUGGAGAUGAUAUUUACGUAGAACACGAGAAGCACAGACCAAACUGUCAGUACCUUCAGAUACAGCAGAAGUCCAGGCGUAACAUUACGUCUACAAAUGAGAUUGAAGAAGGCGUAACUUCAACUUAUCGGGGUGAGUUUUUUUUUGGACACGACUUAUAUAAUUUUUUGCUCUUGUGAAACAUUUCUCGUGUGUCACUCAUACAUUGGGCCCCUUUCGCAUUUGUUUAAAAUAAUAUAAAUGUUUUAAUUCCAAAUAGUUUGUUUCUGCUCCAGUGAAAAGCCUCCAUGCGCUACCAAGUUGACCACUGCUCCCUUUGCCAUGAGCAUUUCAGGAUUGGUCUCGCUUAGUAAUGCUGGGCAGAGGCGGCACAUUUAGCGUUGCCAACCGUGGCAGUGGCGGCACACAUAGCCUUGUGACCUGAUGCGGCAUCUCCACCAUCCCACACUCAUUACAAUGUAAUAAUAACAUAUUGAGAUAAAACUAAGACAAACGAAGCUGACUUCAGUACACAAUUAUUCGUCUUAAUACAAACAAAUGUAUGAAUACUCUAAGAACCCUUCCUUCCCCUGAGGCCGGGUAAUUUAACUUGCAUUACAUGAAUAACUUAAGCACAGAGUAAUAUAAAUAACAAAUUAUAUUUACACUAAACUAGUGUAGAGAGACUAGAAAAAUAAACUUUUUUACAUACAAUGAGUAUAGCCAUUUGGAAUGACUAAUUAAGAACAAUUAUAAAGCCGUGUUUCUGACGAAAAAUGAAGCCCAUUAACUAAGUACACUGACAUCUAGCUGAAUUGGAAAAAAUGCCAACCUUACAAACUAGUGAAUGGUAUAUUCCAAUCAUGUUGCAAGGUAGUCAUGCAUUACCUGGCGUCGUUGACAGUCAGAUGUCAACUACCAGCAAACUACAAGACGGAAGUGAGGAUUGGUUAACUUUGCCGGCCGAAAGUCCUUCUAGUAGGCAAUUGGUUACCGGUAAAGAGAUAUUUCUGUUUAUUCCUCACAACACAAUUAAUUAUAUGGUUGUUUCUGUUUAAAAACAUGGCGCCAUCUUUAGGUUUUACAAAGCAGGCAAAUACAGCCAUUUUAAAAUGAGUGCAUGGAAUAAACUUUUUUUUUUCCCGUAAAAUAUCCUCAGAAAAAUAACCUGGUAAAAAUACGGCAUAGAUAUAUCUUUUAUAAUGGAAUGCUCAUGCCGGCGUUCAUAUAUGACUAGUGACAUACGACUAAGUUGUUGUUGUUGCUUUUUUACGUGGUGUAACUAAAAUAAAUGUGACAGAGGGCAGAAUGAUUUUUUUUUUUUUUAAAGUCUUGGCAUAUUUUGUUGUAAUACCUCUGGAGUACAUAUAAUUUUUGUGUAUGCCUUAUCAAGUACAUAUAACCGUUAAAAUAAAUUGAACCGGCCUUAGUUUUCAAAAAAAAAAAUGAAUUAAAGGAAAAUUAAUCCAAUUAAAAAUUGUGGAGCAGUUUUUGGCAAAUAAAAUAAUGGAGAAAAAUAAUAAAAUGUUAUUUUACUCUAUCAGAUGAACAUGAAUAAUUCUAUUUUUAAUAAAACCUGGGGAAUUUUUUUUUCUCUAAAUUAAUUAAAUAAAGAAUUUGCCAAUGAAAUUGCGAGCUCCGAAAAGGUUUUAAAAUUUGUUUCCAUUUAAAAUCAUUUAUUGUUAAAUGAAUUAAACAUAAAAAAAGUUAUUCGUAUUUCCCUCUCAGAUUCCUCAAGCGCUGUCAGUGACAAAGAUGUGAUCGUCACUCUACUGGAACAAGAAAACGCCAAGUUAAAAGAUCAACUGACUUGCAAAGUUUGCUCUAGAGCCCAAAUAAAAGAUUUGUUUCUGCCGUGUGGGGAUCUGUACGCCUGCAGCGAAUGCUCCAGGCUUCUGACGCACUGUCCUCUCUGCAACAAGCAGAUACUGGCGACUGUCAACACAUUUUUUACAUAAGUUUUCUCGCAUGGACAUGAGGGCAGGAUUUCACAGGAUGUACACUUGAUAUGAUUCGUGGCCAUAUAUGGACACCAGUCGCACAGUCUGAAAAUAAGUCUUUAUGAAUCAAAUUACAAUGUCAAAUCAUUUAAAACACUGGUUGAAAGGUAGGACUUUUCAAUGUGAUCUUCAUUUUUUUUUUAAAUUUUCGAAACUGACAUUGAAGAACACAUUUUCAAGCCCCUGAAAUGAAUCAUGUGUUAAAAAACCUAAUUUAUAUAUCAUACAUUUUUAGAAAUAUUUCAUUUUAAUGUUACAUUUGUUACAUGUUAAUUAUAUUUUUGUAUGUCAACCAUGCUCCUUAUUGUCAUGUGUUUACAAUAUUUAAUUCUUGUCAUUUAAUUCACCCAAAAAUGUGUUACCAUUAUAAUUUCACACGAAUUUUGAUUCCCUUCUUACUCUAUCAGAAUAUAUGAAUCGAUGUUAUCGGGAUAAUAAUGGUAGAUCCUUUGCGAUAAUUUCUAACUGCUAUUGCAAAAACUCAUCACAAUUCAUAACUUUAUAAAUGUAAUGAUAUUUACCUUUCUAACAUCAUUAAGUUUUGAGAAGAAUUCAUCUGCUAUAUAUUAUACGCCUACCCUACUCCCUUCCAGGCUUCUAAACUACUUUUUCCCCACCUCUAAAAUGACCUUAAAUUACACAGUCUAAAUUAUCACUAAUUAUUUCACUUUUGUCACUAAAGAAGUUAAUUGACGGACUAUUGCUACGUUAGAGAAAUACUUUAGAUUUAGCACUUUUUGUGCCCUUGAAUUACAAUUUUGUUCUCUAAAUAUUGUUUAAAAAACUUACCUUAAAAUUACACCAAAAACUCUAUAUAUGAUGUAACAAUAUUUUAUAUUAUAGGAAUUUGAUAUAUAUUGAUAUCUUCAGCAAAAAUUUAAACACAUUUUUGCCUUUAAUAUAUAUAUAUUAUCAGAAAGUCGUAAAACAAAGAAUUCUUUUAUCUGAAGAAGAAUCGCGCAACCGUUUUUCACGUUUAUAACAUAUGUGAGUGUUGUUGUUUUUUAAAUUUAAAUGGUUAAUCUCAUAAAAUAGACAUC